ACGCGCACGGCCGCGGCUUCUGUUGCUAUGAUGCAAUGGCGACUGCGCCGUGGGAAGUGAGCGAGGAGUUGAAUGAGUUCUCUCCACAGUUGAAGGGAGACAGUCGCCUCCGAUAACAGGGCAGACACGCAGACAGACAGCAAGGCAAGGACACUCGGACAGUGGCUCCGUCCCCGCCACUCUCCAUGGAAACACGCAGCCAGGCGUGUGUGCUAGCCCCGCAGCUAGCCGUGUCAUGACGCUUUUAGAGAUUUCUCUCACAUCUGUGCGACAUCGCAGCAGCAGCAGCAGCAACGAGACAGGAUAAGCACCAACACCCUGUUCGCCCUCCUCAGCCGAAACCCAGUGAAGGGAGGUGUUGCCGGUAUUGUUCCCUCCCCGGUGCCGUUGUUCCUCCUCGGUUGGACCCAUUUGUGCUUCAUACUGGAUAACCAUGGCAGAGAGGACCUCGGCCGGAUUGUUAACCAUGAUGAUGGAGCCCACCCCGGCUGUCGCGAUGACCCUGCCGGCAGAGGUGCGGGAGAAGCUGGCGGAGCUGGAGCUGGAGCUUUCUGAAGGGGACAUCACUCAGAAGGGCUAUGAGAAGAAAAGAGGCAAGCUGUUGGCACCGUACAUCCCACAGAUACAAGGUGUAGAUCCAUCGCUGCAAAUUGACAACAGAAUCCAGGCGUCCUCACAAGCUGUGAUUCCAGGCUCCAAACACAAUAAGUCACGAGCUGCCAACACCCGGGAUGAACGCUUCAGAUCUGAUUUGCACACAGAAGCCGUCCAAGCAGCCUUGGCCAAGUACAAAGAGAGGAAGAUGCCCAUGCCAUCUAAGAGACGAUCUGUGCUAGUUCAGUCAUCUGUCGAGGCAUGCACCCCACCAGACACUUCCUCAGCAUCGGAAGAUGAGGGCUCACUACGCCGGCAGGGUCGUCUGGCCACCUCCACACCCUACCAGGGCCACGGCCACCCAGCCGUUGAGCACUGGUUUAAUCGUGUCAUCCAGGGUUCGUCCACCUCAUCCUCUGCGUCAUCCACCUCAUCCCACCCGGGAGGGAGAUCCGUCACCAACACCACUGCCCACGCAGCCCUCAACGCCAACGCCACAGCUACUGCACUGGCCGACCUCAUGGCACACACCCAGCUAGAUAACCACUCAGCACCCCCUGAUGUGACAGGGCUGUCGGAGAACUCCUCAGUUCAUGCAGAGCGGCCCCAGGUGGCCUCAGUGCGAAGCAUUUCCCGCGGCUACAACUACAACACCAAGGUUAUGGAGACUGCAGAUGGCUGUGAGUGGAGUGAAGGAUCCCUCAGUUUAACGGAUGGUGUUCCAGUCAACAGCCGCGUCUCCUCUAAAAUUCAGCAGCUGCUCAACACUCUGAAGAGACCAAAGCGACCGCCUCUGCGAGAGUUCUUUUUGGAUGACUUUGAGGAGCUCUUGGAUGUGCAGCAGCCAGAUCCCAACCAGCCAAAACCAGAGGGCCAGCUGAUGAGUCCCCUUGAAGGAGAGCCUCUUGGUGUGGUCACCAAUUGGCCUCCCUCGUUGCCAGCAGCCUUACAGCGGUGGGGUAUGACGCAGCCCAAGAGUCCCUGCCUGACAGCACUUGACAAUGCUGGCAAGCCUGUCUACACACUCACCUAUGGUAAACUCUGGACCCGCUGUCAGAAACUGGCGUACACUCUUCUCAACAAGCUGAGCACCAGAAAUGAACCUUUGCUAAUGCCUGGAGACAGAGUUGCACUUGUUUUCCCUAACAACGAUCCGGUGAUGUUCAUGGUGGCCUUCUACGGCUGUCUUCUGGCAGAGCUGGUACCUGUGCCCAUUGAGGUGCCACUGACCAGAAAGGAUGCUGGAAGUCAACAGAUUGGCUUUUUGUUGGGCAGCUGUGGCGUCACAUUGGCACUGACCACUGAUGCUUGUCAGAAGGGCCUGCCCAAAGCACAAACUGGGGAGGUAGCCACUUUCAAAGGCUGGCCGCGGUUGCUGUGGUUUGUGACAGAUGGAAAACAUGUUGUGAAGCCUCCGAAAGAUUGGCAUCCUCCAAUGCGUGAAGCCAGUAAUGACAUCGCCUACAUAGAGUAUAAAACCAGCAAAGAAGGAAGCACCAUGGGGAUCACAGUGUCGCACUCAGCCAUGCUGGCUCACUGUCACGCCCUCACACAGGCCUGCGGCUACACUGAAGCUGAGACCAUAACCAAUGUCCUGGACUUCAAGAGGGAAGCAGGUUUAUGGCAUGGUGUUCUUGCUAGCGUCAUGAACAGGAUGCAUGUGAUCAGCAUCCCUUACUCCCUGAUGAAAGUCAACCCACUCUCCUGGAUACAGAAGGUUCACACUUACAAAGCGCAGGUAGCAGUUGUGAAAUCAAGAGACAUGCACUGGUCUCUGCUUGCCCAGAGAGACCAGAGAGACAUCAGCCUGAGCUCAUUGCGCAUGCUGAUUGUAGCCGACGGCGCUAACCCAUGGUCGAUAUCCUCCUGCGAUGCUUUCCUCAAUGUGUUCCAGGCACGUGGGCUUCGACCUGAGGUGAUCUGCCCAUGUGCCAGUACCUCUGAAGCCAUGACUGUCGCCAUCCGCAGACCUCCAGAAAUGGGCGUUCCUCCUCCAGGGAAGGCUGUGCUGUCCAUGGGUGGGCUGAGCCACAGUGUAAUCCGUGUGGACACAGAGGAGAAACUCUCUGUCCUUACAGUGCAGGAUGUGGGACAGGUCAUGCCUGGAGCUCUUGUUUGUGUGGUGCGGGUGGAGGGGACACCGUAUCUCUGUCAGACAGAUGAGGUUGGAGAAAUCUGCAUAAGCUCCGGUACCACUGGUGUAGCUUACUAUGGCCUCCCAGGCAUGACCAAGAACAUUUUUGAGACCAUCCCAGUGACAUUGUCUGGGGUUCCCAUAAGUGACCGAUCCUUCACCAGGACCUCACUGCUGGGCUUCAUUGGACCAGACAGCCUUGUGUUUGUUGUGGGGAAGAUGGACGGUCUGAUGGUGGUCAGUGGGCGGAGACACAACGCUGAUGACGUUGUUGCCACAGCUCUGGCAGUGGAACCCAUGAAGUUUGUGUACAGGGGAAGAAUAGCAGUGUUUUCUGUGUCUGUGCUGCGUGACGAGAGGAUUGUUGUUGUGGCAGAGCAGAGGCCGGAUGCUUCUGAGGAAGACAGCUUCCAGUGGAUGAGCCGUGUCCUCCAGGCCAUAGACAGCAUCCACCAGGUUGGGGUGUACUGUCUGGCUUUGGUCCCUGCCAACACGCUUCCAAAGGCUCCACUGGGUGGCAUCCAUAUAUCUGAGACCAAACAGCGUUUCCUGGAGGGUGCCUUGCACCCCUGCAACGUCCUUAUGUGCCCUCACACUUGUGUCACCAACCUGCCAAAGCCAAGACAAAAACAACCAGAAGUUGGUCCUGCUUCUAUGAUUGUGGGGAACCUGGUGGCAGGCAAGAGGAUAGCACAAGCAUGUGGGAGAGAUGUGGCACAACUAGAGGACAAUGACCAGGCACGUAAGUUCCUGUACAUACAGGAUGUGCUACAGUGGAGAGCUCAGGCGACUCCAGACCAUCCUCUCUUCCUUGUUCUCAAUGCUAAGGGCACGGUGGCUAGCACAGCUUCCUGUCUGCAGCUGCACAAGCGAGCAGAGCGGGUGGCUGUAGCUUUGAUGGGACGCCUAAACACUGGAGACCAUGUUGCACUCGUCUACCCGCCAGGUAUUGACCUUAUUGCCACCUUCUAUGGCUGCCUGUACGCUGGCUGUGUGCCAGUCACAGUCAGACCCCCACACCCACAGAACCUGGCCACCACCCUGCCCACUGUUAAGAUGAUUGUUGAGGUCAGUAAGUCGGUGUGCAUCCUGACCACCCAAGCAAUAAUGAAGCUGCUGAAAUCCAAAGAGGCUGCUGCUGCUGUGGACAUCAAGAGCUGGCCCAUGGUGCUGGACACAGAUGACCUCCCCAGAAAGAAGAGUCCACAGAUGUACAAGCCCCCAACCCCAGAGAUGUUAGCUUACCUGGACUUCAGUGUGUCGACAACAGGCAUCCUAGCAGGAGUCAAAAUGUCUCACGCUGCCACCAGUGCCUUGUGUCGCUCCAUCAAGCUGCAGUGUGAGCUCUACCCUUCCCGGCAGAUUGCCAUCUGUCUUGACCCCUACUGCGGCCUCGGCUUUGCUUUGUGGUGCCUCUGCAGCGUGUACUCGGGGCAUCAGUCGAUCCUGGUUCCCCCUCUGGAGCUGGAGAGUAACGCAUCUCUCUGGCUCGCCGCAGUCAGUCAGUACAAAGUGCGAGUCACUUUCUGCUCCUAUUCAGUCAUGGAGAUGUGCACCAAGGGCCUGGGUUCACAAACAGAAGCGCUGCGGUUGCGAAAUGUGAACCUGUCCUGUGUGCGCACGUGCAUGGUGGUAGCAGAGGAGCGGCCCCGCAUAGCACUUACUCAGUCCUUCUCAAAGAUCUUCAAAGACUUGGGGCUUUCACCACGAGCCGUCAGCACCACCUUUGGGUGCAGGGUGAAUGUGGCGAUAUGUCUGCAGGGCACAGCCGGCCCUGACCCCACCACUGUUUAUGUGGACAUGAGAGCUCUUCGUCAUGACAGAGUUCGCCUGGUGGAGCGAGGGUCACCACACAGCUUACCAUUAAUGGAGUCUGGAAAGAUCCUACCAGGAGUUAAAGUGAUCAUCGCAAACACGGAGACCAAAGGACCCUUGGGAGACUCCCAUCUAGGAGAAGUCUGGGUGAGCAGUCCUCACAAUGCCACAGGCUACUACACGGUUUACGGCGAGGAGGCCCUGCACGCCGACCACUUCAGCACCAAACUCAGCUUCGGUGACACUCAGACUGUGUGGGCGAGGACGGGCUACCUGGGCUUCCUGCGGCGCACUGAGCUCACUGAUGCCAGCGGAGAGCGCCAUGAUGCCCUCUAUGUGGUCGGUUCUCUUGAUGAGACCCUGGAGCUGAGGGGGAUGAGGUAUCACCCGAUUGACAUCGAGACGUCCGUUAUCCGGUCUCAUAAGAGCAUAGCAGAGUGUGCGGUGUUCACGUGGACUAACCUCCUCGUGGUGGUGGUGGAGCUGGAAGGAUCUGAGCAGGAAGCUCUGGACCUGGUGGCCCUGGUCACCAAUGUCGUCCUGGAGGAGCACUACCUCAUCGUGGGGGUGGUGGUGGUGGUGGACCCCGGCGUCAUUCCCAUAAACUCCAGAGGGGAGAAGCAACGCAUGCACCUCAGAGACGGAUUCCUCGCCGACCAGCUGGACCCCAUAUAUGUGGCUUAUAACAUGUGAGGGUCCGGCUGCUGGAGAGCGACACCUACCUGUGGCUCCUCACGCGACAGAGACCGCAGGGGCGGAAACAAAUAUGGCGCUUGUAACGGUCGUCCGGGGGCCCCCACAUCUGAAUGGUUUCUGUGGAGAGAGAGCACGCUGCCCUCCUGUGGCUGACUCACUGAGGAGAAUACAGUAUGAAAGAAACACGGAGACAAAGGAUAAAAAAAAAAAGUGACACUACUUGUUUCUCUGGUUCUUUUUUUUUUCCUCCCUCUCUCAACUAAUAGUGUUUUAAAGGGCAUUCGGGUUUUUGUUGAAGUGAGUUUGGUUUGUGUUAAAUCCAGAACAUCUGACGGAAAUUAACCAGGUUGUUAAGAUUUAAAUUGUACGACGGAGUGUUAGGGUCAAACUGAAGAAUUCUUUUUUUUAAUCUUUCGAGAAUAAAGACAUAAUAUUAUGAGAAUAAAGUCGUAAUCUUUCAAGAAUAAAGUCGUAAUCUUUCGAGAAUAAUGUCGUAAUAUUAUAAGAAUAAAUGUAGUAUUAUCAUUAUUAUUAUUAUUAUUAUUUUUCAAGCACAAUCUCAUAUGAUCAGCUGCAAACCUGUGUCCAGAUGAGGAACACGGAGCAUUUAUUGUGAAGUGACAUAUUGAUUGGGGCUUCACAAAUAAAGAAGUACUUACUAUUUUUUAUUACAUCAGCACCUCUUUAUAUUUAGGAGGAAAUGUCUGGUAGUGGUCGACUGCAAGGAUAACGCUGGUUACGUCUGUGUUCUGUUGCUGUUUAUUAAUAAUAAUAAUAAUAAUAAUAAUAAUAAUAAUAAUAUUACAUUAGAUAAUGAUAAAAAAGAAAGAAUCUCCAAAUAUUAUGACUCUUCUGCUAAAAUUAUGACUUUAUUCUCUUAAUAUCACUACUUUAUUCUCGUAAUCCAACUUUAUUCACGGAAAAUUGCGACUUAAUUCUCAAAAAAUUAUGACUUUAUUUUCGGAAAAUUAUGACUUUUUUAAUAUUAUGACUUUUUUCUGGUAAUAUCACGACUUUAUUCCCGAAAGAUUCAACUGUUUAUUCUUCUGGUCAGUUUGGCCCUAAUACGCUGUCGUAAAAAUUGUACACUGUGCCAUUAACUUAUUUUACUUAAAUCAGUCUCAAAAGAAAACAACAACUGUUGACUUUGUUUGCCAUACACUUGUGCCAUAGAACAGGACUAAUGUCAGUAACCAAACCUUGUUUCUAUCUAAGCUGUCAGAUGUUUCACCAGCACCACAGUCACGACAUGUGUCACUUGUGGCCACAUCCUAAUAUUAACAGUGACCUUUUUGUGUUCCAGAUCAUCUUAUGGCGUCAGUGCAGAAGCACAAAGCAGUGGUGUUGGGGCGCGGGAAAAAGGGGGCAAUAAUUAGUGUUCUUUGUUGCUCACUCCAGCAGCAGCAGUGCUUUAGUUUGUAGUAACAAAAACAAAAAUGCUUCAAAAUAACAUUUCCUUGUGUGCGAUACUGUUCUUGUUUUUCUUCUGACCAAAAUGCAAUAGGAGCGAUGUGAAAGUUGGCCGCAGACACACGGUAAAGUACCAACCUUUCAAGGCCACGAUAAAUAAAGAGAGGAAUAUAAUAGUUGCUUACAGUAAGCAGCGUUGCCAGAUGAUAAGAACCAAGCCUUAAAUGUCUUUUCAGAUGCCUCUCCGUGUCUCAGCUCCUGCUUAACUCAGUUUUGUGAAGUCUAUCAGCGGCUGGACAGGGGGAGGAAUAUGCAGAAGGAGGUUCGUGUGCUAAAUGUAACGCUCUUGUUUCAUCGACGAAUACACGUGAUCCUGACAUCAGCCGUUAGACACACACAAAUAUUUUUAAUAACGUCUUGUCCCUCUCGUCGGUGGACUUCCAUGUUUUUAUAGCGAAAGGCGUUGCAGUAGUUAUAAGGUUUGAUGCAGAAUGACAGUCUCACGAGCCUCGUGUUGUGACAUCCCCUUCUCAUUGUUAUGUUGUAAACAUUCACUUCACUGUGUUUUGAUUCUUUCUUUUUUCUUUUUUCUUUUUUCUACAUCUCUUCAGUUACAGGCUCCAGCCUGCUGUAAGUAUGUACAGGUAUUUUUGUGUAAAUUAUAAUUAUUAAUAGGUGGA